CAGUAACAUUGGAGCUAACCGGGAAAUCUGACCUCGGGGGUUCUUUUCAGGGAUUGUUCUGUUUUCUCUUUCCCUUCUUAAAGAAGCUGCCAAACCUGCACAGUACACGGCCAUGGGUUUAUCUACUACCUCUCGCGUUCCCUUGAUUUGUUGAUUCUGUGAUCACCGAGCACCCCUCCCCUGCCUCUAUUUUUUAAUUCGAACUAUACCUCCCCCUCAAUACCCAGAGAUGCUGUCUUUUACAAACUCAGAGCCCCCUACCCCUUGUUGUAACAAUGACCAACAUGCACAUCGAAGUCAACUCUCACCCCCGCGCAAAAGAAUCAUCGUCGCCAUGACCGGUGCCACCGGCUCAAUCCUCGGCAUCAAAACACUCCUCGCCCUGCGCCACCUCAACGUCGAAACUCAUCUGAUUCUUAGCAAAUGGGCCGAAGCUACACUUAAAUACGAAACGGACUACACCGUGGGGAAUGUGCGCGCCCUUGCCGACCAUGUGCACAGCAUCCACGACAUGGCCGCGCCAAUUGCCAGCGGGUCGUUUCGCGUGGACGGCAUGAUCGUGGUGCCCUGCAGCAUGAAGACGCUAGCGGCCAUCAGCUGCGGGUUCUGCGACGACUUGAUCGCGCGGGCCGCGGAUGUGGUACUCAAGGAGCGACGGAAACUCGUUCUCGUGACGCGCGAAACACCACUCAGUACCAUUCAUUUGCAGAAUAUGUUGGAGAUUUCUCGCGCCGGGGCAAUCGUGUUUCCGCCGAUGAUGACGUUCUAUACUCGACCGGCCGGGAUUGGAGAAAUGGUGGACCAUAGCGUGGGAAGGCUUCUAGACUUGUUUGGACUGGAUACAGGGGAGUUCGAGCGGUGGGAAGGGUGGAGGAAAGAUUAG